GGUAAUAGUGCUAAAUAUAACGAGCUAGUGGAUGAAAUCAGUCGCAAUAAUUUUCACGAUGCCUCCGGUGCUAGAAAAUUACGAUUAUGGAUAAUGACCUUCUCUCGUGCCACUUCGUUGUUGGAUGAGUCUUGUGGUGCAUUGGUGAAUGCUAUACUUAAACUUGAUUGGACUGGUCAUGAUAAUAAUUUAGUGGUGAUAUAUGUAAUGUUCUUGGCUAAUUUGAUUUCAUCGCAUUCUGAUUAUAUGCCUAAAGUCUUGGGAAUGCUGGUUAAUCAUUUUGUAUUUCGUGUUGAUAAAAACGGCGUAAUACCAUUAAACCUCGAAAACAUACACGGAAGGGUUCAUUAUGCCUUAAAAAACAUUUUUCCAAUGGUUCCGAGUGGUGCUGAGGAAUUAUUCGGAAUUUUAUCUCGCGGAUUUCCUCAUAAGAGUGAAUCCUUACCUGCGCAAGUCACAUAUCUUAAAAAUUUAUUGCAAUUAUUAGAAUAUAUUCCAUGCCUUCAAGGACAAGUUUUAGAGUUGAUAUUUAAUCGAAUUAUUGAACUUGAUACUGAAGUUCAAGGAAAGAUCGAGGAAAUUGAAGAUAUAGAAGAUGCAUCAACAAAGUAUGAAUUAAGUUUACAUUCGGAUCAAGGUAGCCAAUCAAGUUGUGCCUCUUCCAUUUACGGGAAAUCUCGGUUCAAUUCUCCGACCGAUUCUUAUGACGGUGAUUUUGAUUACGGUUCCGAAGAAGAAGCUCUUGAUAUUGAAGAUUCUGCUCCUUCUAUUGUUGCUCUUGAUAUUGGUGAAAUGAUUGAAAAAUUAGAUUGUAUGAUCAAAUUAGUUUUUGAUUAUCUUAAAUGGUUUUUUGAUAAAGGUACAAAGGACGAACGUGAUGACUUAUUUGAUAUCCUUUUGACCAUUUUUGAGGAAAAUAUAUUAUACACCUUCAAAUCUCGGUAUAUUCAAUUCAUAAUUUUUUGGUACGUUUCGUUGGAUAAAUCAUACCCACGACAAUUCCUCUCUCUACUUCUUAAUAAGAUACUCAAUGACAAAGAGCCUGUUAUAAUAAGAGAAGCUUCAUCACAGUACAUAGGUUCAUUCGUUGGUCGUGCUAAUUAUUUAAAUUCUACUGAGAUCAGAUUAUGUAUUCAGGCAUUAUUAUUAUGGACGGAAAGAUAUAUUGAGAAUUACGAACCUACUUUACAGUUACCUGAUCCACAAAAACAUAUGACAUUUUAUUCAAUCGUGCAAACGUUGAUGUAUAUUUUUUGUUUUCGGUGGAAAGACCUUCGGGAAGUAACCGGUGGAAUUCCUCGGUGGUGUUAUGAAGUCGUAGGAUAUCACAAAGUAAUCAAUUCUUCGUUUCGACCUCUUCAGGUAUGUUCCAGGAACACGUCUGAUAUGUUUCAAGCAAUUGUAGAAGCACUUCAAUUUAUGAAUUUUGAAAAGCAAUAUUCAAAAAGAUUCGGCAUUAUAGAGCAAGGAAUACUAAACAUAACAGAAUAUUUCCCUUUUGAUCCAUUUCGAUUAAAAACAUCACAACCAUACAUAGAACCAAUAUAUCGAGAUUGGGCAGGUAUGCCGGAUAAGAACCAAGUAGCUAUGGAAGAAUAA